CAGGAUAACACAAUUAACUUUUGUGCUUCUAUAUGAUGUAUAAAACAUGCCUUGCAGAUGCUGAAACGCGCUCACAUUCAUGACAACAGUGGGGGGAGAAGAGGAGGAAAGGGGUUGGUGUCGAGCUCCAGCAGCGGCGGCGGGGGAGAGAUUUCUGUACAGGUGUCCUGUUUUUUUCUUCUUCUUCUUCUUCUUCAUUCUGACACCUCGAAGAAAAGAUCCGACUAUAAGCAGUCUAACACUGCUAAGGAGGAAUCGAAGCAGAUAAAAAUAAUAAACGAUCCGCCUUGAAAAGAGCCGCGGCGGAGAAGAUCUGCCCGUCUGGAUGAGAGACCCCCGCUGGGUGAAGACACGCCGCCGAUGACUGGAGCCGAGGCAGGGAUGGAAACCGAGCGCAGCGCAGAGGAGGCGGCAUCAUCAGGCAAAUUAUCGCCUCGCUGAUCAUCUCAACGCUUCUUAUGCAUCAGUAACAGAUUAGCGGCUGGUGAUAUUUUCUGUCCGCUGGAGGCUGGGACGGCGGCAUCUGCUGUCGCCAAAUUCCAUUUUUCAUUCUGCAGAUGUCGACUGCAGGAAGGAGGCGAAGAAGAAGAAAAUGAAGAAGAAGCGGCCUGUUUUCGUCGGGUGAAGCCUUCAGGGAUUAAUCACUGAUCGCCAUGAACGGCGAAUCAAUGUGGGUUAUCUUCAUCUGCUCGUGGAUAACUCGCGUGGGCAGCUUUCACGCCUUGCGGGUGAUGUUGUCACUUUGGAUGAAAUACGUUUAAAAAACAAUAAUGUGAGAUGUGUGUUGAAACCCAUUGAAGACGGAAUACCACAGCAGCAGAUGGGCUGGUGUUAGAUGAUGAUCAGUAUGGGACUGACCUGACUUUGCGUCAACACUCUGCUGGGUGCCAGCCGGAAGAUGUCAUCCUCCCAGGCACCUGGUUUGGGCUCCAAUUUCACUGAUGAUCCCCUGGAGGAUGGCUUCACACUGUCCAGUCAGGACCCAGUCUGGUCCUCCUUGGCUGACAGUGUCUUGAGGGUGGUGCUCAUAUCUGUGAUUGUGUGCCUCUCUUUGUUUGGGAACGUGGUCGUUCUCCUGGUUUUCCAAAGGAAGCCUCAGCUCCUUCACGUCGCCAACCGCUUUGUCCUCAACCUCCUCCUGGCGGAUCUCCUCCAGACUGUCUUAGUCAUGCCGUUUGCCAUUGCGGCUGCCUUGCCGGGUGUGUGGCCACUGGAUGCUCGGCUGUGCCAGGCUCUGGUGGUGCUCAUGCACCUUUUUGCAUUCGCCGGAGUCAACACCAUCAUUGUUGUCUCAGUGGAUCGCUACCUGGCCAUUAUCCACCCUCUAUCUUAUCCGACCCGCAUGACCCCUCACUUAGGCACCAACCUGAUCAUUGCCACCUGGGUGCUGAGCGUCUUGCAGAGCACACCCCCUCUCUAUGGCUGGGGCUCCAUAGAUUUUGACCGUCAUUACAAGGUCUGCACAGUGGUGUGGUCCUCCAGCUUGUCCUAUUCUGCUGUGGUGUUCACCUUUUCCUUUUGGCUUCCAGUGCUAAUCAUGCUCGGAUGCUACUGGAUGGUGUUUAGAGCUGCGAGGAGACAGAAUGCAUUAGUGCAUCCCAUUCAGACGCAAUCAUACUCCCAGCCGUGCCAGCAGGAAUUUCAGGGCCCCACCAGUCCGCAGCAGCUUUCUUUACCCCAGCAGGCAAGUUCACCUGAGGGCCCCUACACAGCCCGAAGACACCCUGUUCGAGUUAAACACAGACGGUUCCACUACCACUGCAAGGCAGCUCGUGUAGUGUUUGUCAUCAUGGCUUCAUAUAUCUUCAGUAUGGGUCCCUACAGCAUUCUGAAUACCAUUUCGAUGAGCACCAGAGUCAAUGUGCCCCCGUGGUUGUCCUCCACUGCCCUUGUGCUCUUCUUCUUGCAGUGCUGCCUUCAUCCGUACAUUUAUGGCUACAUGCAUCGCAGCGUGAGAAAAGAGUUCCUGGCUUUGCUUUAUGGGAUGCUCUGCAAGCAGGGUCGUCCACGACACAGCUCCACAGUGGAGGGCUGCUUCACCGCGACGGAGGGACACCCCAACGCUCACUCUCACCUCCCCAGUCUGCCUGCUCGAGUUUUCCCCAUGCAGACUUGGGAAGAGUGCACAACGUCCUCCUCUCCUACUUGUGAGAGGAAGUCAAGAGACAGCCGCAGAGAGACCACCUCUACCAGUUUCAGCUCAGAGAGAGAGCUUCCUGUUCAUGGCCAGCAAAGCUCAUGAUCUGCACUGCAGUCAUUAGAAAGGAAAUCUUUAUUCCUAAGUGAGGAGUUCCUGUGGAUGGGAGGCGAUAAAUGUGGAUCUAGCCUGCUGAGCUUGUAAGCGGUGGUACUGAAUACAUUACCAUUCACUUAACAAUCGUUUGAUGGUUUGUCUUAAAUGGAAAGUGCAGGCCUUUUGAAAUUAGGUUUCCUUAAAAUAAGAAGAUAAUAUUUUAAUAGCAGUAGGUAACUCUCUAGAUUGCAGCAAACUCCUACUGUCUUUAAACAGCAAAAACAUUUAUGUAAACACAGUUUUAUGAACCUUUAAAUUGCUCUAAUGUUGGCAUUGGAUGGUUAUUUUCACAGAAACUGGUGCUUACAGUCUGUUUGAUUUGUAUAAGAAGUUGAAGCUCUGAUUUGGGUGAAGGCAUCACAUCCAAGUGUUUUCUUGUUGUAAUUCGGAAAACUCAACUGGAUUUGCUGUUUGUUGUUGUGGUAACUAACUAAAUACUGUAUUUUCUUCUAUUUUAUGUGUACAAAUUCUAAAGAGACAUUGUCACCAUUAAAUAACAUGAAAUGUAUAGGAGACCUUAUACAUUUUAUGUUAUCUGUACAAGAAAAUAACUGGUGGUGCACUCCCUCCUCCCUUCAUUUUCUCUCUUUCUUGUGUAACUAAUCAAAAGCUCAUGUGUUAAUAGCGUAGAUGACAAUGGCUUAAAGGUUUAUAAAAUGGUGCUCCAAAAAACUGCUUUCAAAUUUUGAGCCUAGAGUUAUUUUAAGAUGGUAGAAGACCACUUCGGUGUCCCUCUUCGGGCAGCCAUUAUCUUUAAGCCAACUAAUCUGGAUUUAUAUUAAAUAAAGUGACUUAUCUACUGCAGUUAAGAUAUUAUCAGAACCUAACCUCAGAAAUCCCAAACUAUCCCUAUACGCUUCUCCAAUGGAGUUUACUGUACAAGGGGAAAAGUUUUAUUCAGUAUCAAAGAGUAUCAAAACUGGCUGGGGGUUUUUUUAAUAUGUAAAUGCAGUUAUAAAAGUUACAUCAUAGAUUGUAUGUACAAGACGUGCUGUUGUCAUCAUGUUCUGUCUGUAAAACCAUUAUAAGAAGUAUCCAAUAUUGUAAUUACUGAUGUUUGAAUUUCAAAAUGGACCUUUAAAACAUUUUUUAAUUUUAACUAAUCAAUCCAGACCUUGCCCUAAAAUGGAAUAUCAUCUUUUUUCUGACACAAACCAAUGCUAUCUUGAAUUAAUUGUUAGUUUAGCAAGACCUCCCCUCUAGUGCGUUUUAUGCGAAGCAUGCUGGAGGUCACAGCUUUAUUUCCAUCAUAUCGACUCAGGGUGCUGCUCACAGACUAAGAAAAAUGAUGUGCCCAUAUCAAUUUAAUUUUUAGCUUGUAAAUAUUUAUUUUCUGCAACUCCUCUUAGUCUUGAACCGCCUUUUUGGAGAAUAGAAAGAAUGAUUCACUGUGCCUGUAAGCUAAAGAACAUAGAAGGGUUAUAAUUCCCUUUAGUUAAUAAUAUGGACAAACAUACACACACAUCAGUUUUUACUUCAUUCUGGCAAAACCUGAAGAUUUUUACUUCUUCAGUUUGUCAAAUUUGGACUCAGUAUUUACUGCUUUAUUAAUGUCAGCCUUUCUUUAGAGAGACAGAGUAUUUUCUUUAACACCACACAACACAGGGAGCAACGUGUGAUAAAAAUAUAACAGUGCACCAGUUGUUUUAAACAACCAGCAUGCCAGGAGAGCUUAUGUAACAGAUGUCUUACAUUCCAUUAAACACAUGUAAAGGUGUAAGAUACCUCUUUAAGAAAAAUUAGAAAGUUGUGAUCAGAGGUUCCAGAGAUCCAGAAAUUUCCAUUUCAUGGCAGACUUUUGUAUUGGUGAUUCCUUAAAAUCUUAACCAAUUUCUUUUCACAUAAAAGUGAAUGUUUGGUUCCAAAAGGUGGCGUAUCUUAACAAAUUGCAUUUAGGUACAGUUAUUUGAAUCGAUAAUCUUAAAAUCUCUGGUUGUUCAGAGGAUCUAGAAUAUUUCCUUUGACUUUCCCGUUAAUCUGAGUGUUGAUCUGUUUGUUGAAGUUAUACAAUUAUUCCACGCUGGACAGAUAGUAAAGCAUAUUAUUUAAAAACCCCUGAAUGAGUUCAUGGCCAUGCUGAGUGUAUGUAAAUGUCUGACUGAACCAACAGUGCUACAAGUCAGAGAAAAGAAUAUUUGGAAAGCCGUAAGCUUGACUAGGGCUCAUUUUAACAGCAAGUUUUGCCUUUGUUUUGGUAUUUAUAUAACUGUUUGUUAAAGAAAAAAUUGUUUUGCCCCUAGUGUUUUAUUUUUCAUACUAUAUUGUGAUAGAUUUGUAUGGUUUUUUUUCUUUCCGAGACCUGCCUUUGUUAUAAACCUGUAUUUAUCCAGGUCAGUAGAGAAAACAUAUUUGACAAUCAAACUUGUCAGAAUUUUUCAAUAGAAUAGUUUGCAUUGCAGCAAAUAAGAUAAAAUGUUUAGACUUUAAGAAACUACAUAUUUUGUGCAUUUGUAUUAAUUUGAUUGGAAUAAUAAAUGCUGUUUGUUGUUUAAUAAUAAACUGUAUGUAAUGUAUAAGAAAACCAAUGUCAUUUUACAUUGAUGUUCAUCCAAGAAAUAUUUAAAAUCAGGCAUUUUUCUGUCUUCAGUUAAAGUCACACUUAGUUUUAAUUUAAUGGAUAAAUUAUGCAAAUUAAUUUAUCACCAGUAUAUUACAAUAUACUUAUUUGAAUUACUGCAUCAACAGUUGGAAAUAAAACAUCUCAAUCUGCUUUCCAUAUAGUUUUAUAAUAGAAAAAG